AGAUUUAAGGACUGGAAAAAAUGAGAAAAAACACUUUGCAAGACCUGGUUGAUAAUCAAAGGAGAGCUGGAGGACUGGAACUUCAUUAGCCCGCUUCUCCCACCAUCUUCAUUCAUCAACAACAAAUCCAGAUCCCGGCGGUUCCUCUCUCUCGCUCUCUGUAGAGAUGCCAAGCUUAAUGGUAAAACUCUAUAGUGUCAUCUUCAAAUAUCAACAAAAGCAUCUCCUACAAGGCUUGAUAGAAACCCCAGAAUCCAACAAAUCAAACCCAUUUGGCAUUACUUCUAGGCCCCACGAAUCCAUCGCCGCUAGCAACCCAUCAUUUACCGAUGGUGUAGCCACCAAAGACAUCCGUGCCAAUCCCUACUCUUCUCUUUCUCUCCGGAUCUUCCUUCCCGAUACAGCUGUCACCUCCUCAUUGGCUUCUAGUUAUCAAAUUCCCAAUUACGGUGGCUAUUCGCCGGUGGAAGGAAGAUCUCACCGGAAGUUGCCGGUGAUGUUGCAGUUCCACGGAGGGGGGGUUGUGAGCGGGAGCAAUGAAUCGGUGGGAAACGAUGCGUUUUGCAGGAGAAUAGCGAAAUUGUGUGAUGUGAUUGUGGUGGCUGUUGGGUAUAGAUUGGCACCAGAGACCAAGUAUCCGGGGGCUUUCGAAGAUGGGUUCAAGGUUUUGAAUUGGUUAGCGAAGCAGUCUAAUUUGGCUGUUUGUGGGAGAUUGGGUGCUCAGAACCAUAUCUUUGACAGCUUCGGUGCUUCCAUGGUGGAGCCUUGGUUGGCUGCUCAUGGAGAUACUUCCAGAUGUGUAUUGCUUGGGGUGAGCUCUGGUGCGAACAUAGCAGAUUAUGUGGCAAGAAAGGCUGUAGAGGCUGGGAAGCGAUUGGAUCCAGUUAAGGUGGUGGCACAAAUCCUGAUGUUUCCUUUCUUUAUUGGAAGAACUCCCACCCAUUCUGAGAUUAAGCUGGCAAGCACAUAUUUCUAUGAUAAAACCAUGUGCAAGCUGGCAUGGAAACUCUUCUUACCAAAGGAAGAGUUCAAUCUAGAUCACCCAGCUGCUAACCCUCUUGUUGCCGGGAGGCAGCCACCUCUUAAGUGCAUGCCCCCGACUAUAACAGUUGUUGCUGAGCAUGACUUAAUGAGAGAUCGAGCCAUUGCCUACUCAGAGGAACUACGGAAAGUUAAUGUGGAUGCACCUCUUCUUGAUUAUAAGGAUGCUGUACAUGAGUUUGCUACUCUUGAUGUGCUUCUCCAGACACCACAGGCCCAGGCAUGUGCAGAGGAUGUCUCUAUAUGGGUCAAGAAGUACAUAUCACUCAGAGGCCAUGAGUUUUCUUAUUGAAUAGAGCAGAAAAGAAGAAAGUGAGCAGGAAGGGGAAGGAGUUGUUCAGUAGGUGCAGGAUCAUUGUCUUUAUGAUUUCUGGUGCCUCUUUUCCUUUUCUUUUUCUUAUUUUUCCCCUUGAGAUAUGAGCACUGUUGUACACCGAGGAAUAGAGCCAGCGCUUCUAGCUCUAUUUCAUUUGUCAAGUUCUCUAUUUAGGGGAACGGUCUUUGUCUCUUAUUGUAAAGUAUACUGCGGUUGUCUGAGUGCAGGACUCACUUGAAUUUUGAUGAAAAUUUUACUCAUUGGAUAUUAAAGGAACAUUACUUUGUGAGCUCAGUUUCAGGCCUCUUGCAUGUAAACAGUAGAAUUGCAGUGAUACUCUGAUAUCAGCUUCUUGCCACACCUCAUGUCUUCUUGGAUUUGUUGGCCUUCUCUGUCUCUGAGGAUGCUCAUAGGACUUCGGCAUUGCCUCUAUAUGCUGUUUCCUUUCUGCUGUCUUUGGAGUUACCUUGUUCUGUGCUCCUGCCAGUUCUGCUUCAUAAAUCAAACUCAGGUUCAUCUUGUUCCUUCUGGUGUUAUUUCAUCACUGAUCACAUCCUUCUGGUGUUAAAUUUCAUCACAGAUCACAUUUCUAAGCAUUGCUCCUUUGCGCGCUCAAUUUCUUUCGUUGUGUGUACCAUUGUUUUUUUUAACUGCCGGGCACUCUCCUGUAUCUAACACAUGUUUUCUGAAUGUAUACUGCUAUAGACAAGGUCUAAAAGUUGCUGCUAUCAUUACUCCGCGUGAAUGGUAAUGCAGAUUCUUAUUUUACCAUGAUAUUCUGCCUGCUAUUGUCUGGAUGCUGUCGGUUCUCACCACCAAACCUUCCUCUAUUGCUGCAUGCUGAAACCUCUACGUGCCAGUGACUUCACGUCUCAGUUCUCUCUAGUGCGUGGCCAUUGUAGGACUGUUCUUUUGGGAUAGUCAGGGAAGAGUGUAUUUUCUUUUCUUGUUUUUUUUUUUUAAUCUCCAUAAUGCCUUCAUUUCUGUCAGUGAAUGAAGAAAGAGGAACAUGCUUUGGUUCGACUCUAUGCCCAAUGUUAAUAUAUAUGGUGUACACGUUUGAGCAAUAAUGCAAGUUUGAUUGA